AUGGCACUGGAAAAAGUCAGAUAUAAUUAUGUGAUUGGCGAUGUACAAGGGUGUUUUGAAGCACUGAAAGCACUACUCAAAGAAAUCCAGUUCGAUGCUGAUCAAGAUUUUAUUUGGUUUGCGGGCGAUUUAAUCGCCCGUGGUGAAAACUCAGUGGGUGCAUUACGCUUUAUUAAAAAAUUAUGCGAACAAGGCAAUGCUGCGACAGUCCUUGGCAAUCAUGAUUUAAAUUUGCUGGCGGUUGCACGUGGGAUCAAAAAGCUCAAAGAAAAAGACCAUAUUGAUGAUGUCAUUCAUGCUUUAGAAAGUGAUGAAUUGGUUGAUUGGUUGCGUAAACAGCCUUUGUGUUUAUUUCCCAAUGAAAAGACGAUUUUGACCCAUGCGGGUAUCCCGAAUAUUUGGGAUGCGGAAAAGACCGUAGCGUUGGCCAAAGAAGUGCAAGCAGUCUUAGCGCAUGAUGACUUUGCUGUGCUUGAUUCAUUUCUAAAAGAGAUACAGCAAAAACUCAUCAAAUCGUUUUUGGACAUUGGGCAGCGUUGCAAGGUGAGCGUAUCAAUGCGCAAAUCCAAAAUGUCGAUGGUGGCUGUGUCUGGGGGCAUCAACUGCUGGCUUAUCGACUAG